AUGGCGAAGAGGAGGAACUGGAUCGAGAUAGUGAAAAAGAUAUUCGGCUCCGACGACAGAAGCAAGCAGGAAAAGGUGAAUCCCCGCACAUAUUCUCUGAGGCCUUGAUCCCCUCUCCUGUGGCACCUACCAGGUAGAACCCUAGAUCGCUCAGCCCCUCCUCCGAUCCCCACUUUCAGAAAGAGAAGAGGAAGAGAUGGUUCUUCGGGAAGCUGAAGUCGAGACGAGCCAUCACCCUCCCCGCCGCAUCAUCCCGGAAGGUGAGAUCGCUGAAGGAGGUCGAGGAGGAGCAGAGCAAGCGUGCCAUGGCCGUCGCCGUGGCGACGGCGGCGGCCGCUGAGGCGGCUGUGGCGGCGGCGCAGGCUGCCGCCGUAGUGGUGCGGCUCACCGGGACGCCCUCGGCCUACAGGAAGACUCGCGACAUGGCGGCGAUCAAGAUACAGACCGCCUUCAGAGCUUAUCUCGUAAGCAUCCGAAUCAUUUUCUGAUAUCCUCCGCCAUGAUUUCGAAGAAAACUUGGAUUAUAAUGGUCUCUGAUCUUGAGCUUGAUGGAAACCGGCGUCCUUUCUAUUCAGGCGAGGAAAGCUUUGCGAGCGUUGAAGGCUCUCGUGAAGCUCCAAGCCCUGGUCCGCGGCCGAGCAGUGAGACGGCAGACCAGCGCCACCCUCCGGAGCCUGCAGUCCCUGGUCAAGAUCCAGGAGCAAGUUCGGGCGCGCAGGCUUCGAAUCUCCGAGGACGAUCGCGGCUCCGAGAGCAACGAGCAAGCUUACCGGAAGAACACGAGCAUAAAGGUCAGCCAUGGAGCUCCCUUGCUGGUUCUGAUUUCACCAGAAGAAAUAUAUGGAACAUCGUCCAUGGAUUCCUCUUCCUUGGUUUUACUACUCUCAAUUCUUCUCUCGUGGCUUGGAUUCGGGACUAGGGUUUCGAGAAGAGCUGGAACGGCAGCUCGCUGUCGAAGGAGGCGAUGAACGCGAUCAUCUCAAGCAGGCAGGAUGCGGCGACGAGGCGGGAAAAGGCCAUGGAGUACGCGUCUGCUCACCAGGUAACAACCAAACCUCGACUGACGACGACAUCGCCAUUUCCUGAUCGAGAAGGGGGGAUCUCCCAAUCGAUCGAUCGAUCGCUACUCAAUCCAUCUCCAGAACUGAGCCGCCUCUGAAGAAAUUCCUCUUUCGUUCAGCAGCCUAGGAUGUUCCUCCGCAGACGAUCGGUGUGCUCGACGGAGGAGCUGGAGAGCGGCCGGAGGAUGAUUCACCGGCCGAGCUGGCUGGAGCAGUGGGUGGAGACCCGGCCGUGGGAGAAGCACCCGCAAUCUCACCCUCAACCUCAACCUCCGGCGGCGAGCACGAGCCCCGACUGGGAUCCCCGGCGACGCCGCCAGCAGCAGCUCCCGGCGAGGCGGCGCUCUCCGGCGCACCGCCUCACCGGGCCGGAGCUCCAGCGGAGCCUCGGAGAGCUCCACGAGCAUCUCAGGAUGGGGCGGUCCAGCAGGAGGAGCUUCACGAGGGACGACGACUCUAUCAGCAGCUCGCCCUCCUUCCCGAGCUACAUGGCCUUCACGGAGUCGGCCAGGGCGAGGGCGAGGUCGCUGAGCACGCCGAAGCAGCGUCUCCAGCGGGAGCGGGAGCAUGAGGAAGGGGAGGAGGGGGAGGAUGAGAAGGAGGAGGAGGAGCUCUCCCGAUCGAGCCGGCUGCCGUCGCCCUUCCGCCGCUCGGCCACGCAGGGGAAACUCAUCGCCAACAGGCUUCAGAUGUCGCCUAGCUUGCGGUCCCGCCCUCGCCCCCCUCUCUCUCAGAUAAACCCUAUUUGA